AUGGCCAGUACGGCGGCACCGCCGCCGGCGGAGACCCAGCUCCAGAGGACCGCGCACGCACAGCAUCCGACCACGACCACGACCACGGCCCCGCGGAGAUCGGGGCGCCUCGCCCAGAACCAAGCGCGACAGCUGCCGCCGCCGCUAGAUGCCGGCCCGUUCGGCGGGCGAAGCGUGCGCUCGGCGUCGACGAAGGCCGCGGCUGAGACGGAGGCGAAGGUGAAGAAAAAGAAAAAGAAGAAGAAGAAGGAGGAGAAGAUGGGAGAGGUGGGAGAGGUGGGAGAGGUGGCGGCGGACGUGUACAACGGCCGGCGCGGGCUCGAGGACCGCCUGCGCGACUCCGUCAAGCGUCAGAAGCUGGCCCUGGACGAGAGCGAGGUCCUAGCGGGCACGGGCGCGGAGAGCGCGGAGCCAGCCGCCCUGCCUAAGGUUACUAAGAGGGACGCGGCGGACGUGACGGCGCCGGAACCGGCGAAGCGGGUCCGCAAGAGCAAGAAGCGGGAUCUUGCGAGCAGCAAUGACGAUCGGAUCGCCGAUGCGUACGCGGACGGCGAGCUGCAUGAUAGGGAGGACGGGUAUUACGACGUGGCCUGGGACGACAGGUACGACGACAUGGCCUGGGACGACGCCGACGCGGGCGCGUGGAUGCAGGACGAGGCAAGGCCUCCGCCGGUAAACAGCGACUACCUGCCGCUGCCGUGGAAAGGGAGACUGGGCUAUGCCUGCCUCAACACGUACCUGCGGCACACGCAGCCGUCGGUGUUCAGCUCGCGGACGUGCCGGAUCGCGUCGAUCCUGGAGCACCGGCACCCGCUGCGGGACCCGACGCGGCCGGAGCACGCGAGGAAGAACCGGCCGGACAAGACCCAGCCGGCCGACCUGGCGCGCGGCCAGCGCUUCGUCGAGGCGCUCGGCCUCGCUAACGCCCGCGACAUCGUCAAGAUGCUCCGCUGGAACGACCGCUACGGCAUCAAGUUCAUGCGCCUCAGCUCCGAGAUGUUCCCCUUCGCCAGCCACGAGGUCUACGGCUACCGGCUCGCCCCCUUCGCCUCCGAGACCCUCGCCGAAGCCGGUCGGGUCGCCGCCGAGCUGGGCCACCGGCUGACGGUGCAUCCGGGACAGUACACGCAGCUCGCGUCGCCGCGGGAGGAAGUACUCCGCAACUCGGUGCGGGACCUCGUGUACCACGACGAGAUGCUGUCGCUGCUGCAGCUGCCGGCGCAGCUAGACCGCGACGCGGUCAUGGUGCUGCACAUGGGCGGGACGUACGGGAACAAGGCGGCGACGCUGGCGCGGUUCCGGCGCAACUACGCGGCGCUGCCGCCGGGCGUGCGCGCGCGGCUCGUGCUCGAGAACGACGACGUGGCCUGGUCCGUGCACGACCUGCUGCCCCUGUGCGAGGAGCUCGGCAUCCCGCUCGUGCUCGACUUCCACCACCACAACAUCGUCUUCGACCGCGCCCGCGUCCGCGAGGGCUCCCGCGACCUCGUCCCGCUGCUCCCCCGCAUCCGCGCCACCUGGGCCCCGCGCGGCAUCACGCCCAAGAUGCACUACAGCGAGCCGCGCGCCGGCGCCGUCACGCCGCGCCAGCGCCGCAGGCACAGCCCCCGCGUCGCCACGCUGCCCCCCUGCCCCCCCGACACCGACCUCAUGAUCGAGGCCAAGGACAAGGAGCAGGCCGUCUUCGACCUCAUGCGCAAGUUCCGGCUCCCCGGCUGGGACCGCAUCCACGACGUGGUGCCGCACGAGCGCGCCGACGAGAACCCGCCGCCGCCCAAGAAGUCGCGCUGGGCCAAGAAGCGAGGCGACGACGACGAGGCGGGGCUCGGCGCGACGCCACCCCCCGUCCCCGACGCCGAGGUCGGCAUGGGCGGCCCCGACAACCGCGUCUACUGGCCGGUCGGCAUGGAGGCCUGGCUGCGCCCGAAGAAGCGCGAGGUCAAGCGGAAGAAGGGGUCAGAGACCGCAAAGAAAGAGAAGAAGGACGAGGACGAAGACUGA